AUGAAUACCUUCGAAGUGGAUUAUUAUAAUGUUUUGAAUGUUUCGCGAAAUGCUACAAAGGAGGAUAUUUUAAAGAGCUAUCGUAAUUUGGCGAUCAAACUAUUUCCGUUGCGAGAUGCCCAAAAUAUCAGAGAUGUCUGCGGCAAAGACCAUGAGAAUAUAUUCACACAUAUGUCACCGUUGCCCUUGAGUCGCCAAUGGAAAUACAUAAAUAUGGCUUGUGAUAUUCUUGGAGAUGAUUUGCGACGCUCAAUUUAUGAUCGGUUUGGAGAAUCUGGUUUAUUACAAGGCAUUUAUUUGCCAGAUGGUUAUUUUCCGCCCUACCAAUAUCACGGAAACCAUAUGAAGGUGUACCAUACAAUCUUCGGUAGCUAUUCUCCAUAUUCACAUAUUAUCGAUGCCAUAGUCAGCCCAACGCCUCCACAAUUUGGCAAAAACGCCAAUGGGAUCGGAAGCAAAAUCAAGGAUCCGCCAAUUUUCAAACAAAUUCUUGUAGAAUUGGAGGACGUUUUUAAUGGCUGUGUUAAGCUGAUGCAUGUUUGGCGUGAAGAGUUUGUGGAUAAGAAUAAAUUUCGCACUGAGAAACGCCGGAAGACCCUUACCCUUAGCAUACCCCCAGGAGUUACAGCAGGAACUCGUUUCUGUUUCUAUGAAGAGGGUGACCGUGCUCCCACCAAAAUACCUGCCGACAUUAUCUUCAUCGUAGAGGACAUGCCACAUAAGCAUUUUAAGAGAAUAAACCAGCACGACAUUAUCUAUGUCCACGAAAUAAAUUUGUGUCAGGCGUUGACUGGCUUCCAGUUUAUUGUGCAGACCUUGGAUAAACGUGACUUGAAAAUAUCGAUAUCGGAUGUUGUUUAUCCUGGAUUUCUCAAAAGAGUAAUCGGCGAAGGACUGCCAAAGUGCAAUGCUUUGGACAUUUCGGGAACAGCUGCACCUUGCAACUCUGUUACUAAGGAUUAUGGCAACCUAAUUAUUGAAUUUAAAAUUAUAUUUCCAUCGUAUCUAACGAAAGAGAUGAAACAAUUAACAAGGAACUACUUUGCGGAACUUAGCAUCAAAGAGAACGAAGAGUCGUCAAAAAAUAGUACUUGUUAUCAGAAAUAA